GGUGUACAGAGUCUAAAAGACAGCCAGUGACACAAGGAAGAACCUGAAAUUCACUAGUACUUGGAAGUCUUCCCUAAGUAACACAAUGGAAAUCAAGUGACUGUCCCGUCCUAGGCUUUUCUUCUAGGAGGAGAUACUGUGUAUCAAUGUCCACCUGCAGUACAACUCCAUCGAAGAAAAUCCAGAUCUGGUUAAGAAUAGGAGUUGGCUUUUGAAGCGUUUGAGCAACCCGCUGCUGCCCAAGUCAUGACACUCCCGUUUCGAAAGGACUUGGACAAAUACAAAGAUCUUGAUGAGGAUGAAAUUCUUGGCAAACUGUCGGAAGAAGAACUGAAACAACUGGAAACUGUUUUGGAUGAUCUUGACCCUGAGAAUGCGCUUCUGCCUGCGGGCUUCCGACAGAAAGACCAGACUGCUAAAAAGGCUUCGGGUCCCUUCGACAGGGAACGACUCCUGGCGUACUUGGAGAAGCAGGCUCUUGAGCACAAGGACAGGGAAGACUAUGUGCCUUUUACAAGAGAAAAGAAAGGGAAAAUAUUCAUCCCCAAGCAGAAGCCUGUGCAGUCUUACACAGAAGAAAAGUUCUCUCUGGAUCCAGAACUGGAGGAAGCCUUGACCAGUGCCACAGACACAGAAUUAGGUGACCUUGCAGCCAUACUGGGAAUGUCCAACUUGAUACCAAACAGUCAGUUCUGUGAUGUAGUAGGAAGCAGUAACGGGAUUGACAAAGACAGCUUCUCGAAUAUAGUAAAAGGUGAGAAAAUGUUGCCUGUUUUUGAUGAACCACCAAAUCCCACCAAUGUGGAGGAGACACUGCAAAGGAUUAAAGAUAACGAUUCCUGCCUUGUUGAAGUUAAUCUAAAUAACAUAAAGUACAUACCAAUUCCAACGCUGAAAGAAUUUGCAAAAGCCUUAGAAACCAACACGCAGGUGAAGAGCUUCAGCCUGGCUGCCACCCGCAGCAACGACCCCGUGGCCGUGGCUCUUGCAGAUAUGCUGAGAGUAAACACAUCGUUAAAAAGUUUAAACAUCGAGUCAAACUUCAUCACUGGAGUUGGAAUUUUGGCACUGGUCGAUGCACUGAAAGACAACGAAACACUGACAGAGAUCAAAAUUGAUAAUCAGAGGCAUCAGCUGGGCACACUUGCAGAAGUAGAAAUUGCCAAGAUGCUUGAAGAAAACACCAACAUCCUCAAGUUUGGGUACCAUUUCACACAACAGGGACCUCGAGCCAGGGCAGCUGCAGCUAUCACAAAAAACAAUGAUUUGGUUCGCAAGAGAAGGGUUGAAGGAGACAACUAGUGGAUCUUGUGGUCAGAAGUGUGGAGGUUUCAAGGGUCGCCAAGGCGCGCUGGUCACCGUGGGCUUCGGCAACCUCGGACUACGUUUGCCUGGGUUAGAAGGGAAAAGACUGGAAACCCCGUUCCUUUUAAAGCAAAGCUAAAUGAAUAAUCUGCUGGUAUGCAUCGCAUUUUUCAGAUUGAGACACAGUAACUGCACCAGUCUCUGUACCAUAGUUUUUGAUUGGGUUUUUUUUAUGAACUUUUUUGUAUUUCAAGACUCCAGCUGUGUUUGCUACUAAAAAUGUAAUUCCAAAUCAAUGGUUUAAUUGUCUGUAGUCAAAGAAUGGGACAUUGAAGAUCAUUGGGCAGAUAAUGACCCAAUUGAAAUGUUUGUUAGAAAAUCUGGGGGUGCUUAUUUACGUUGAGGGGUGUGUAUAUUCUUGAAAACAAUGUGUUAGUGAUAAGGGAUUCUUCACGCAACAGUUGGACUCGUGUAGAGCUGUUCAGCCUUGUUCACAUGCACUGAAGAGAAAUCUUUAACAGCUUUAUUUGUGGGCUUACUUUCUUAUUUUACAUUAGUUCUUGAUACUGUGAUUAAGUUUAACGACAUCCCUUUUAACCAGACGCAAAUCAAUUGGCUAAGGGCUUCUCCCAAGAGAUUUGAAGAACUAAUAAAAAAGUGGAAGCCUCGCAGAAAGGAAAACAAAGUAGGACCUUCAAAAAUGACACCUUUUCUAUUAUGCCUAAAUCCUUAGAGUCUUUUUCAAAACGUCCCAUAACUGUGUCUUGCCCAGUAUCUAAACUGGAUAUGUUUUCAGGACUGAUUUCACCAGCAUUGUUUAGUUGGUAUCCUUUGUUUAAAAACCCUUAUCUACAUUCAUAAAUUCUCUCUAGAAGUAGUGGACAUGCAUUUGUUAAACUCUGCAUGGUUCUGUACAGGAGAAACCAGUAAAACCAGUGUCCUAAGUUGCUGGCAAAUGGAAAAAAUCCUUUUUUUUUAAGCUGUUGCAUUAAGCUAUUAGUAUGUCAUAUAAAUCUAUCAUUUUUUAAUAAAGCAAUGAAGUAACACUUUUAAGAAAGGAUUUUUCUGUUCGACUGAUGUCUUGAUGCUCCAGCACUACACAGGACGUGCAGAAAUUAACCAACAUGCAGUGUCAAUCUGUGUGGCGUAGCGACUGUUAAAGUACAUAAAGUUCUAUAUCUCGGCAAACUAAUAAGGCAACAAGAAUCACUUCAACUUCUGUCCAUAGUCACAGCAGACUUCUCUGAGAUGAUAUCUAGAGGCUUCUUGGUGUUGGUCUGUGUGGACUGUGCUGUCCUCACUUGGUCAAUGUCGUCAUGAGAUCAUAAGCUCACAUAAAUGUUCUAAGGGACUGCUUGGCUAUAUUUCUAGUGACACAGAACACAACUGACAACCGUUUUUAUCAAAGGGUCACAAUAUGGUCAGCAUUUUAUGUAUACAAAACAUAUGGGACUGAGAUUUUUGCAUUAGGUUGUAUAUACUAUAAAGUUAACAGAGCAGCUCUCUGACACUGUGCCCGUGUCGUAAUCUGCUGCAAGUCUUGGUUUGGAUCUUUAAAGACAGACUCUAUUCUGCAGGUGACUUGGAAUUUUAUUGCAACUGUACAGAGAAUUUUCAGCGAUAGUGCCUUCAGUGAGGAUGUAUAUAGCUGCUUUAUACUUGUGGAAAAGCAUUUUUUCCUAUUUCAAAACUGGCCUUUUAUUAUAAUUACAAAUAAACGUGUGCUCUGAAAAGUAUAGUCAGGAUCAAUUCUGUUAAAACCAAAGGCUAUGCAUACUGUAACUUCAGAACAACUAGAAGUGACCUGUCUAAUAAUAAAAAGGGCUUAUUUUGGCUUUGGCUUUUGUAAAUUUUCAAGAGCUUUUUAGUUUUUGGAGUUCUUAUUUAGUAUGCAUUAAGUCACAAUUAAAUAUGUUUUUAUAGGCAUGAUGUAUAAACGUGGCCAAAGCAUAUCAUGUGCUGAGUUGCCUAAAGCUGUACUUGACUUUUUUAUUUGCUGAGGACCAUAAUCAUUUUGUGUCAAAAACCGGGCUGUCAUGUCUUCCUUCAUUUGUUGAAGGGCUGCAUCUUCAUGGAAAUCUGUUCACGUAUUGUGACUCUGUGAUGAUAUAUUUUAUCAUUAUCUAACAAGAUCAGGCAGUCGUCUCCUCCUCGAGGAUGGAGAACUGCGUGGAGCAGUUACAACAAUCACCUUUGUGCCUAUAAUUCCUUUUGGGAAUAAAUGAAGGGAUUCAGUCUGUAGCCAGGAAUCACAAACAGUCUCACCAAGCAAAGAAGACCCUGAUGAAAUGCUGGCAAGCGGAGUGAGAUCUUGUGCACGACUUCAUUAGUUUUGAGUGUGAAAGUGGUAUUACUUUGAUAACCAGCUACCAAAAGCACAAGGUCUUGUUUCCAGAAGAAGUGAUACUUUCUUCUUGAUUAUUUUGCAGGCUUAAUGCAAAAUUCAAAUUGACUACGAAUGUUGAUUCUGUUGGUUCCAAGCUAAGCGUGGAAAUAUAGCCUAUAUUCCAAAGCAAUUAUCUGUUUACUGGUAUAUUUUAACGGAAUAGCCUACUUCUCUCUGCAGCUUGAGUAACACUGUUUGUAAGCUACAAACGAGCAAGUAUUCAGUUUAAAUUUCCAUUGAGGAAACAUGAAUGGAGUGUUUUAGCCUAUCAGCACUAUAUGCUGUCAGAUUGUAACCCAGUACAAGUUUUGGAUGAUUAAAGUACUGUAUUCUUGUUGUG